UUUGCGUGGUUAAAAGUUUUAAUAUUCUCUCUUUCCCUCGCUCCAUCCCUCUCUCCCUCUUCCCCCUCUCCUCCUCAUCAGGUGUGCUUUGUCAACCUUGAUCGUCAUAACGGUGAUCGCCAUGACGGCAGCUGUAUCAAGAAGUUGGCGUCUGUCUCUCCUGAGCUGCCGAGGCUGAUAGAGUCUCUGGGUGUGCGGCAGCCCAAAGAAAAUGAGAUCCUGCUGCUGAGCGGCCUGCAGCCCCCUGAACCCUAUCCUCCUGAACAUGCCCAUGCACAGAGUCAUCGGGCGGCAGAUGUGUGUUUGGUCCAGUGUGCGAGGGGGCGUCGCCCCACCCAGCCAGGCAGCAUCAUCUUCGAGAUAAACAAGUUUCUGAUUGGCCUGCAGUCUGGCCAGGAGAGGCGUCGCCUCAGCCGAUUGGCCAACCAGUGCUUUACCGAUGACGACACAAACCGCUCGGUAUCCUCCAUUGAGGAAGACUUUCUCACAGCCUCCGAGCACCUGGGAGAGGACAGCGAAGAAGACCCCUUUAGAAACGAGGCAGAGGGUGUGGAUGUGGGAGAGGUCACGAUGGAGCUUCUGAGGGGGGGUCGCCCCCCACCUCGCCAUCGCAGAGGCGCAGCUGGGGCCCCGUCUCUGGACCAAAACGACAGCGAGGACUCAGAGGCCACCCUGCGCACCUCGCCCUCCUCUGCCUCUGCCUCUUCCUCGUCCCAGAAUCCCCGGGAGUCUGCUGGCCGCUACGCCACCAACCUGGCCGAGUCGGUGCUGCAGGAUGCCUUCAUCCGCCUGUCCCAGGAUGAGGCCCCCUUCUCCCCGGCCGCCGCCCUUAGCCUGCCUUCAUCAUCCUCCUCCUCUUCUUCAUUCCAGCUCCCCAAGAUCGUCAUUGUCCAGAGCCCCGACUGCGGCGAGGAAGGGGCCGGCGACUGGCCUGAUGACGGCCCGGAGGACACGCCCCGCACCACUGCCGAGCAAGACCGACCGCCCCCUCAACGUCAACAUCAACCGCACUCCCAUCACCGACACCAUCAUCGUCAUCACCAUAAUCAUCACCACCCGCACUCCAAGCACCAGCACCAGAGGCAAAACCAAGAGGCCCAGCAGCAGCAUCAAGCUGCUUCCAAGUCGGUGGAGAUGGCGCUGGCGUGUGCCGCCAGUGUCAUUGGCACCAUCUCUACUCCGCAGGUGGCACAGCACCUCACACUGGACCCCACACGCACAGCCACAGAGGGCGAUGAGGAAGAAGACCAGACAGAGGAAGAAGAGGAGGAGGAGGAGGAGGAGGAGGAGUGCCGUGAUGAGGAGGCCGACUUCUCCCUCACCUCGGCCAUGUGCGGGAUGGCACAGGUCGCCGGAGCGGUGGCGGCCGUGGAUUUGCCCUUUGACCCCAUGGAGCCGGACGACGGCGAACCGUCCCUCAACGGCGGCCGCUACUCACCGUCACUGGGGCUGCUGUCGGCCGCACAGGCAAGCGCCGCCGUGCCACUCCACGCCAGCCUGGCAGAAGGCACCAGCGUAGAGGCGUCGCGGGCCAAUCUGGCACGGGCUCUCCUGAGCGAGGCCACCGCGCUGCUGUCGCGGCCCCGACCCCCGCAGCUGCGCAGCGUGGCACAGCUGCUGGAGAGCACACAGCGCCGCCUGUUAGCCGGGGUGACCGGAGCCGAACGCAGCGUCCAAGAUGAAGAGCAGGAGGACGGCGGGGGGGAGGCCGAAGAGGAGGUUGAAGGCGAGGAACAGGAGUAUGUGGAGGAGGAGGAUGAGUUUGUGCGUGACGUGGCAGAGAGUGUGCUGGCGCACGUGCUGGAGAAGGCGGAGAAGCAGCGCGAGCUGGAGGGGCGGGAGAAGGACGCGGGGGGGUCCGACUGGGAGGGGCAGCUGCGCGAGAGCACCGAGGGGGUCCUGUUCGACGUGCUCCAGUUGACCGUGCGCCGCCUCAGCCACAUCUCGCGCCGAGGCAGCAAGAGGGGCAGCGGCGACUACACACGCAGAGGAGGUGAUGGAGACAGGCGCUCACAGGCCCGAGACAGAGGAGGAAGAGGAGGAGGAGGAGUCAUGGGGCUGGUAGGGUCACCUCAGCGCACCCGCAAACCCAGCAGCGAUGGGGAGUAUGCCAUUUCCAUGGCAACGGAGCAGGAGGGCGGGGCAGACAGAGGUUGGGGGAGAAAAGAGAGGGAGAGGGAGUGCAGCGUGGAGACCUGGCUGCCGUCUCUGGAAGGCUCACCGCUCCACGACCAGAUCAGGGGCAGGGUUCAGGAGGUCAAGCCCUACGCCCUGAGCCCGCAGCACUCGCUGGGCGACACACGCGCGCCCAUCACCUGCUUCGCCGAGGACCUGGCCACCACGGUGGUCUCCAUGGCGACGGAGCUGGCCGCCAUCUGCCUGGAAAACUCGAGCGGCAAACAGCCAUGGUUCUGUGCUCUGAAGGGGGCGGGGGCUAUGGGCGGGGCAAUAGCUGGAGGGGCGGGGCUGGAGUCGUCCUGCCUGCUGCCUGCCUGUUGCUCAGCUGCCGCCGGAGGGCUCCGCAAGAAGCACCGCCCGCCACGGCUCAGUGAGAUCAAGCGCAAGACUGAGGAGCAGCCCGAGCUCAUGGAGCGGCUGGUGAACCGCGUGGUGGACGAGACCAUCAACCUGGACCUGGAGCCUGUCGGAAGUGGCGGCAACGGCCAUUACCAUGGCAACCACCUCAACGGCAGUAGCAACAACACCAACGGCAUCAGCGACCCCUUUGCCCUGUUCGCCUCUGAGGUGACCGCACGCAUUCUCAAUUGCCCCGAGCUGAGCAUAGUGGACACCUCCUCGACAUCUGCCACCUCCACCUCCAAACAGCAGGGUCCUCCCUCCGCCACCUCCUCCCCCUGCCCGUCCUCCCCGCGCGGGCGGCUGCAGUGCGAGCGCUGGAGCGCCCGGGGGAAGGCAGCCAGCUGUGAGAGCAUCCCCGAGGAGGAGCCCUCGGGCCUGAACGGGGGCCGUGGCGGCGGUGGCGUCACUCUGGGCCCUGGCAGUCGUCUGGGCCCUGACCUGAGCCACGGCAGCUCGGUGUCCAAGCAGUCGAGCUGCGAGAGCAUCUCCGACGAGUUCUCCAGCUUCAUCGUGGGCCAGAUGGAGGCGGAGGGCCGUGGCUUCGACCUGCUGCUGGACUACUACGCCGGCAAGAGCGCCAGCAACAUCCUGCAGGCCGCCGUGCAACAGGCCGCCACCGGGGGGCGCCGCAAUGGACACCUGAGCCUGCGCUCGUCCUCCUGCUGCCUGUCCAAGCAGUCCAGCACCGAGAGCAUCACUGAGGAGUUCUACCGCUACAUGCUGCGCAACAUGGACCGGGACGGCCGUCCCGAGCUGCUGCACUUCGGGGGCGGCUACGGUUGCGGCAGCGUGAGCGGACUGAGCCGAGCCAAGGAGUGGAGCAACAGCCUGCUGCCGCCGUCGCCGUCGGCCAGGAGCCCCUUCUGCAUACGGCAGUCCUCCGUGCCCGACCGGCGCUCGUCAGACUCGCGGCUCAGCGUCACGGCACCGAUCAAGGCCAACUCCUUUGACGGGUUUGCGCGGGGCUCGCGCGGCAGCACCGGUGGCGGAGUGGGAGACGUGGGCGGGCUGAGCGUGCGGCCGGCGCAAAACGCCUCGGCAGCAGGCCUCUGCAAGUCGGACUCGUGCCUUUACCGGCUGGGCCAGACGGACCGCGCCACCGACAUGCUCAUCCACGACACCUGGUCCAGCUCAAUCGAGUCGCUCAUGCGCAAGAACAAGAUCAUCGCCAACCCCACCGAUGACUCCUGCGACCCCUGUGAGGUCUCCUUGGAGAUGGUGACUACAACGACAACAACAACAACAACGCAGCCGGGAGUGUGUAACUAUGCCAGCCGCCUGGCCGCAGACAUUGUAGAGGGGGGGAGGUCCGCAGCACUGGGCGCAAGCGGACAGCCACAGCAGCAACAGGAAGUGGUCACUGGUCGGCAGCAUCCACUUCCUGUCGGGGAGAGGCGGCGGGGUUUUAAGCAUUCGCGGCCCGUGGGGGGCAAGAACCGGCCGAGCUUGGAGCAGCAGGACAGCACGGAGGGAGGGGCGCAGACGAGGGGAUCGGCCAGAGAAGUGCCACUCAUCCACAUUGAGCCGGACCAGAAGGAGGAGUCAGGGGAGGGGCCAUCAGAGAGGCCCGCCCAGGUGGGAGCACAGAGGGGCAGAGAGAGAACACCAUCCUGCAGGACAAGCGACAGGGACAAGCCGAUUGCGGCACAGCCGCCGCCACCGUCGGGUGAAAGUGGGCCGCCACAGCACCGGUCUUUCAGUAACAGCAGCGAGGACAGCGGAUCAGGCAGCUGGGCACAGGUCGUUGCCCCCGACGACGACCCACAGGAGGAGACCAGUAGCUUUAUCCACCUGAGUGAGGGGAAUGGGACCAGCAGUACAUCUAGCUUGGGACUGGUGGACUUGGAGGGGUUCCAGGAGACAUCAUCUCAGAGAAUCAGUGACGAAUCUGAGAAGAAAGAUGCUUUGAAGGAGAGUCUUGAAGAAAGCCCCUCCAGCACCUAUGCGAGCAGUGGCAGCUCUCGGGAGCUCCUGGUGUUGAACUUUGACCUGGAAGUAGAUAGUGUGGACGUGGAGCUACGUGCCACGCUCCAGUGGAUGGCGGCAUCAGAGCUGGGCGCUCCCACUCUGCACUUCAGGAGGUCCCAGCAGCACAACAUCCACAAGUUCCAGCGCGUGGUGCAGCUAGUUAGCCACAGGUCCUGGCGUGUAGGCGAUCUGUUUGGUGCAGUGGUGCAGUAUUGCCAGCUGCUGGAGGCCCAGCAGGACACAGCGCCCCCUGUAGGUCUGUUCGACUGGCUGCUGGAGACACGCUAGAGCCACAUCUACUCAUCUCAUCUACAGACAUGUUACAAUCCUCACUCCCAACCACCCAACACACACACACACUCUGUUGUUCACCACCCCUCUCUCCACACCACCAUUCCAAACUCUGGUCUAGCCCCUUAACAUUCCACACUGUCUUAAAUCACCAUUCCAACCAUAAAAUCGACCCAUUUGCCAAACAACUACACCAGACAGCCACUUCGCUCCACAGACCUGCAAACCCCCCACCCCCCCCCCCCCCCCCCCCCCCCCCCCCGGUCCAGAACAGCAAGCCCCUCCAGGACACUCGGUUGUAUUUCAGAAAUCAGUGAGGAGAGAAGAAAUGGAUGUUUUAUCCAGCAGAGUACUGGGCUAAACGCGCCUGUUAGGCACCAUUCAAUAUGGCCAUCAUCACCACCGUCUGUGUCCUCUGUGGUGCCACCGGCCCCAUCUUCUGACUCAACCGACCCCGUUGCCUGGCGCACCUUCCUCGUUUCCUGUGUCUGGACAGAGGUGACAGGAGGACGCUGUCCCUUUAAAAAGAAUCACCCUGACCUCUCCAUCAUCAGACACCACAGGGGGAACGGUCAGAGAGCGGUAUGCCUUGAGGGUGGCACACCAUUAAAAACCACCUUGCCGCGUGCCAGCUGAACUCUGGCACGUGGACGUCACCUCCAGCGCUUACUCCAGAAGUAUUUCAACUUGUUUUGUGUUAAGCUUUCCACUCUCCGCAUGUGGAGAGACAGACCAGCAUGACAUCAGCCCUCUGCUCUGCUGUGGAGGGGGCCCUGGAAGUAUUUGAUCCAGAGGUGUAGGCUUACUAGGGUAUAUAGAUUCUUUUCCCUACUGUUUCCUACCUCCCUUCCCCAUCGACAAUGCCCCCCCCCCCCCCCCCCCCCCCCCCCUCUCUCUCCCAAUAUCCACCCUCACAUCAUUCCUUAGUUGCUGUUUACAUACACCAACACGUCGUCCUGCUCUUGUGCUGUUCCUGUUUUUUUUUUCUUCUCUUUUCUUUAGUUUGGAUUCUUUUUGUGAUGGCCUGCGCUGGAGUAAAGUGUGAGCUGAGAUGCUUUAUUUUCUAAUAGCUGUACAUAGUGUAGAUUCAGAUCUAGAAGGCACACCUUUCUCCCCGGCCUACCUCUGAGGAGCAGCACGGCUUGGUUUUUUAAACACCACAGACAGACAGACAGACAGACAGACAGACAGACAGACAGACAGGAGGCAGUAGAGAUCUCUUGUUCAGACAGACAGGUAGAAAGACGUCAUGAGACACAAAGGACAUAGAGCGUAGUAGAGCGUCUUUAAUGUUAAUUUGUACGUGGCUCGGUUUUGUGAGGUUUUCACACUGAGUAAUCGUGAUGUUUGUGUUGUAUAUCAGCAGACAAAGCACACAAACAACAACACACACACACACACACACACACACACACACACGCACGCACAUAGCCGCCCAAACUGUUACUGUUGUAUUGAAUGUAUUUAUCUUUCCAGAUCAAUAAAUUGGACUGAUGUGAGAGAA